AUGAACGAAUCCGCGGCUACAAAAUCGCCGAAAAAACGCCGACCUAGGCAUCGGUAUCGUCGACGAUCGUCCGGUAAACCCACCACUUCGAAAACAUUAGCAAAGGUGCCGUCCCCACCUACGGUGAAAACUUCCUAUGAAGCGGAACGCGAACAGACGGUUCGGAAAACGAAACUAGACCCCACAUUUGUCCAGGAAGAGCGUGAGGUAAUAGCGUCCCUGGAGCGUUUAAACAUUGCGACCGGAGCCAACGGUGAUAGUUCGAAGCCUCCGCUACAUGAGAUUGAUAGAGCGACACUAUUUUUCACUGAUGCACUACCGGACGAAGAGUUCUUCGAUGCGGAAGAUACAGAGCUGGGUGGUAUGCUACCAAGUGAGUCUAAUGCUGAAGAUGCGAACAAGAAAACACCUUCACAACGAUCAUCGUCUUCUAAUGGGGCGGAUACUCCUACCCAUCUUGCAUCGUCAUACUUUCACACCGAACAAGGGACAGCCGUGGUCAUUCCUUGGAAAACGCAAAGAUACACCUUUUGCGAUGAGGAUCUUCUGUAUUAUCAACCAGCGCGUACAUUGCCCGAUUCACGAGCAGCACUCGACGAGAUUUGUGUAAUCGAUCCAAAAGAUUCGACUGAAGCCGUAGAAGAUGGUAAAGGAUCUCUUCUACCCUCGGUGGAUAAGCCGAACGCCAGUGUGGGCAACAAGAACCGAUUGAUGAAUCGUCUGCUUGAGGAGGAACAGGAAGAAUGGUUCGAUGCUAGCGGAGAGUUGGUCGAUUUCCGAUGCUACCUAGAAUGCAAAACACGUGUGCGGGGUUUCUGUAGCAAAACGUUUGUUCCAUUCUUUGUAGAACCAAUACCGCUCGGCAAAACCCUGGAUCGUUUACCGAUGGAGCGUACGGUGAAGAUUCUGAUCGGAAGGGUCCGUUUCGAUGCCCACCCGUCGUUUGAGGACGUGGUGCGGUUGCGUUUAAAGCUGGAGGAACUCUACAAGCAGUAUUACCGCGUACGGAAGCUGAAUCGCAAAGAGGCCUUACAGGCGAAGCUGAACGAACUUCGGUCGGAGAUGCAAGAACAGGACGUACCGAUCGAUUCAUUCGGGGCCAAAAUGGCACGCCGAGAGUAUAGAAAUCUCGUCUAUCAAGAGAUACGGACAGAGCACCUGUUAGCGAAACAAAUGCUGGAACUUUGGGAAAAGAUAAAGGAAAAGCACCACGGUGAGUGUGGAUUAAAGAUGUCUGUUAACAGCCAGGAUACGGACGAGGAGCGUGAUGGUAGUGAAUGGCAGGAGCGGUAUGAGCUCGAGCUGAGAGAAACGCUCGAAGAAGAGCUGGAGCUAUAUCUUCGCGACAAGCAGGAGUAUAAAGCGUAUCUGCGAGAUCUUGCACUCGAGCAACAACCGGACACGCCGGAUCCACCAUCAUCGAUGCAGAAGCCAAAAAAACCGGACACUGCGCGAAUAAAGAAAAACUUCCGCACACUGUUCGAUGAAACUUUCCGUGCUGCUGGUGUACCGGCGGUGCAAAUUGUUUUACGGCGCGAUCCGGACGGUGUCACAGCGGACCAAUGUGGACACCAGUCGGGACGAGAUUUGUUGUUUAAAGCGAAACUGUUUAUUGACGGGAACCAUGUAGCGUCGACUAAGGCGCGUCAUUUUCAGCAAGAUGAUCGUACUAUGAUUGACUUCAAUACGUCCUUUUCCAUCAAGCUGACGACGAAGAUCCCCGAAACGGUUGCGUUACAUCUGUACGAGAAGAAUCGAAUGAUGAUGAAGUGGUUGCGGGCAGAGAUUUUCCUCCCACUGCCCGGUGCGGAGGAGCUGUACGAGGCGGUGGAAUCGGUGGAUUAUCAGUUCUCGUCCGGUAAACCGUACCAGGCGCAAAGCUACACGAAUGGUACGGUUGAGCUAAGGAUCGGUUGGUUGGAACCGUCCGGUGGGAUCUUUCCAAGCCCCAGUCAACGUCGCACACUGCCAAAGCGUGUCGUAGUGCCUAAGGAAUUGUUGCGCCGCUGGAUCGAUGAUCGUGCAUUCGAAACGGAAGAUGAGCCAGAUGUCGAACGGGAUGCGGCUCUGCUGCGGGUGUUGCGAGAUGACGCAGCAGCUAUCGCACCGGAUGGCAAUCGGCGACAUUCGAACGAUUCUAUCGCACCGGAAGCGGAUGAAGUUGAGUUUAACUUCAAUGAAGAUAAGCUUGCGUUCUGUUCUGCUGAGACAAUCGACCAGAACGAACGGUUUAUUCUGCUGAGCAAACGGUUCCAGCGUAGUCUUAAAUAUCGGGACACGAAAUUUAUUCCACAAACUGAGCGUGAACUUGCGAUCGCUGCAUCUGCCAAGGAGGAUGAGGAGCAGAUGAAAAUCAUUGACGAAACGCUCGGCACGGAUCCGAUCGAUCUGCAGAGACACCGUGGCAAGCGGUAUCUGCAGAAGGUGUACGACAUCAUCAGCAAUCACUGUCGGGUGUUGAACCAGGACAAGGUGAACAACGCAAACCUGCUGGUCGGUGGCGAUCAGGUACCGUCAUUUGGAUCGCUCAGCCUGGCUUUUCUGGAGAUAUUCGGCCCACGGCGUCCACUCAAACCAUCGCGUCGAUCGCCCAACAGCCGUGCAUCGGUACGCGUGAGUGACGUGACACGGUUCAAGAUUAUUGUCACCAUCGUUCGUGCGUUUGGGAUACCGAUGCGGAUGGAGGAUUAUCAGGGUGGAUCGGUUGGUCGGCGGAAUAGUAACAUGUCGUCGUCAAAUGGACGAUUUUCUUUUCGUACAUCGAACGUCCGACCGUACAUAGCGGUAGCGUUAAAGGAUCGUAUUUUCCGCACUUCGACAGCCGAUGGAACGGCUCCAACGUGGAAUGAGCAGCUUGAGGUACCGCUGGAUUGCAGUACCGAUCAGAUACGGAAGCACUUGCACAUCGAUCUCUACGACGAGUACAUGGAAGAUCUGCUGGAGGAUGAUCGAACCCGGCCGACCGAGGUGUACCAACGUAUUUCCAGUCGAUGGCUUGGUCAGUUGCGUAUCCCAAUCAGUACCAUCUAUCUCAACCAAAGGUUGGAAGGAACGUUUGAGAUAAAAACGCCACCAAUUCUAUUUGGCUACGAUCGUCAGAUGCAAGAUCACCAAGUGGGAGAAAUUGUGGACAGCUACGGUAACCCCAUAGGGCUCAUUGGUAGUGGAACCGGGAGUAGCUUGCCGGACAUGCGCGAACUAACCCAUGUGACGCUAUUCAUCAGUCUGGAACCAUUGAUCGAGCGGCCAACGCUCGAUACGGGCAGUUUGGAGUGUGUAGAGCUGGAACGUAUUAGGUCCCGCAUCUAUCUCUGGUAUGAAGAGUACCGGCAUGAGUUCCCUUCGCGUGCAAUUGUCCCACCGAUGGUAACGUUACUGGGAGGUAAGCGAAUCUGUGCCACGCGCCUACUCGGCCCACUGCCAAUACCGUUUCCAAUUGAUGAGCUGACAGAAACCAUGAUCCGGAGAUACGUUUCACUUAUUCCUAUCCACUACAGUGUGGAUCCCUGUUCGCAGUUGAACGGGAUAUGGCUCACCAACAAGGAAAUUCUGACGAUGAUGUGUGCCUCGCCGAAGGAUCUUGGAGCGCUUCUGGCGUGUUUCUACCUUCAGCUGGGCUACGAGGUUUGGCUCAUCUUUGGAAAUAGCGUGCUGAUGGGCGAUACAACGUUCGUGCUGCUACUGGAGGGAGGAGAAUUCUUUAUCGUCGACCCCUGCAGUGGCAGGAAGUACAGCUCCACCGACACCUACUGUCCGCUGAACCGGAUUUACCUGAUCGUGGGACAGGCUAACAUUUGGGGCAACGUUCAGAAGGAGAAUCGGGUGUUUCUCACGCAGCUGGAUGUGCGCCGGUCCGGAUACUGGCGUGCGUUGUUCAACCGCUUCCACGAACCACCGGCUGGAUGUGUGCAGGAGGUAGCGUUUCCUUUCAGGGAGGCGCUACCGGCGAACGAGCUGCAGCGUGCUGUUGAACGGAAACUUAUGCGGAAGAUCGCAUCAUGGCGUACGCACCGCAAAACGGUUUGGAAUCGUUUCAUCAGCGAUCAUCUUCGCAGUACGCUAAUAAGCCUGGAACGGGACACUUGUUUGGAGACGAAUACGGAACGGCAUGGUGAGACGUUUAGUCAAAUGUUUAUCUCGUACAAGGUGCAUGGUUUCCCUAUCAAUUUACCGUACAAUAAUCUGUCCACAAUUGUGGCCCAUGUUAAAGGUACUGGCAUACAUCUGAACUCGGAAGCGACGGUAGAGUUUGGACUUGGCGUGUACAUCAAAGACUAUCCGUGCAAUGUUUACUCCGUUUGGAUAUUUCUUAUGUCGCUAGUGCCGAGGGGUUAA